CCUUGAAAACCCAUCACUCCCUCCUCUUUCUCUUCUCUAACACCUCUUCUCUUUCACUGUUCAAGACAAGAGGAAAAUACAUUGCUUAGACGAGGGAGAAAAGAAAAAUACAUUGCUUGGAACCUUCUUCUCUUUACUUACCAUUUCUGCUUCUGUUUCUUGUUGAUGGAAAAUAUCUAUUGUUUCCGGCACAAGUAUACCCAUCUGUUAUUGUUUCUACUUCUAGCUUUUGCCUCUCAAUUUGCUUCAUGCCAGAUGUGGGAUGGGAUAAUCGUAACACAAGCGGAUUAUAGGGCUCUUCGAGCCAUAAAGAAUGAUCUAAUUGACUUCAAAGGGUUUUUGCGCAGCUGGAAUGAUAGUGGCUAUGGAGUUUGUUCUGGUGGGUGGGCAGGAAUCAAAUGUGUUAAGGGUCAGGUUAUUGCCAUCCAGCUUCCUUGGAGAGGACUUGGUGGCAAAAUAUCUGAGAAGAUUGGCCAGCUUCAUGCGCUUCGAAGGAUUAGCAUGCACGACAAUGUUCUUGUUGGAAAUGUCCCGUGGUCUCUUGGGUCCCUCGCCAAUCUUAGAGGGGUUUACCUGUUCAACAACCGCCUUUCGGGUUCUAUCCCUCCUUCAAUUGGUAACUCUCCUAUGCUUCAGACUCUUGACAUAAGUAACAAUUCACUUACUGGUAUAGUUCCUCCUAGUCUGGCUAAUUCUACUAGGUUAUAUAGGCUUAAUUUGAGCUUUAAUUCCUUAACGGGUUCCAUUCCAUUUACUCUCACUCGUUCUCCUUCUCUCACUAUCCUUGCUCUACAACACAACAAUCUCUCUGGUUCCAUCCCAGAUUCUUGGGGCCAAACAGGGAAGAAAUCUUACCAACUUCAGUUCUUGACCCUUGAUCAUAAUCUCAUCUCUGGAAAGAUUCCAAUGACUCUUAGUAAUUUGGCUUUGCUUCAAGAGAUUUCUCUGAGUUAUAAUCAGAUUUCUGGAAGCAUACCUAAUGAACUAGGGAGGCUUUCAGGGCUACAAAAGAUUGAUUUUUCAUAUAAUGCUAUCAAUGGAAAACUUCCACCUAGCUUUUCCAACCUCUCCUCUCUAGUCUCAUUGAGUCUCGAGAGCAAUCAACUUGACAACCAGAUCCCAGAAGGUGUAGACAGAUUACAGAACCUCUCCGUGCUCAACCUGAAAAAUAAUAAAUUCGAAGGCCCUAUCCCACCAACUAUUGGGAACAUUUCCGGUCUCAAUCAACUUGAUUUGUCACAAAACAAUUUUACUGGCGAAAUUCCAGCUUCACUUACUGGCCUAUCCAACCUCACUUCUUUUAAUGUUUCUUAUAACAAUCUCUCUGGUGCCGUGCCCUCUCUGCUCUCAAAAAAUUUCAAUUCAAGCUCUUUUGUGGGGAAUCUUCAGCUUUGUGGCUACAGCACGGCAACUUCAUGCCCCUCACCACCACCGGUCAUUCUUCCAUCCCCGACGACAGGGCCACCUAAACAUCAUCACCACCGAAAACUUAGCACCAGGGACAUUGCUCUCAUCGCAGCUGGUGCGCUCUUAGCUUUUCUACUUCUACUCUGCUGCAUUCUGCUCUGUUGUUUGAUGAGGAAAAGGGCUGCUCUGAAACAAAAGAAUGGUAAAACUGCUACGCGAGCAGCUGUAGGGAAAACUGAGAAGACAGGAGCAGCAGCCGGCACAGAAGUUGAAUCAGGUGGUGAAAUGGGUGGAAAGCUAGUCCACUUUGAUGGGCCAUUUGUGUUUACAGCUGAUGAUUUGUUGUGUGCAACUGCGGAGAUAAUGGGAAAAAGCACUUACGGAACAGCAUACAAGGCAACACUAGAAGAUGGCAAUCAAGUUGCUGUGAAAAGAUUGAGAGAGAAGACUACAAAGGGGCAGCGGGAGUUUGAAACUGAGGCUGCUGCACUUGGAAAGAUUCGCCAUGCAAAUCUCUUAGCACUAAGGGCCUAUUACUUGGGACCCAAGGGAGAGAAGCUUCUAGUUUUCGACUACAUGCCUAAAGGGAGUCUUGCAUCCUUCCUCCAUGCUCGCGGGCCAGAGACCAUCAUCAGCUGGCCAACAAGGAUGACCAUGGCCAUUGGCAUUGCACGUGGACUGAACAACCUCCAUACCCAGGAAAAUAUAAUCCAUGGGAAUCUCACAUCAAGCAGCAUACUACUCGAUGAGCAAACCAACGCUCACAUUGCAGACUUUGGCCUCAGCAGGCUCAUGACUACAGCUGCCAAUACCAAUGUGAUUGCUACUGCUGGAUCACUUGGCUAUCGUGCACCAGAACUCUCAAAGCUCAAGGAUGCCAACACAAAGACUGAUGUGUACAGCCUUGGGGUGAUCAUUCUGGAGCUCUUGACAGGAAAAUCUCCUGGUGAACCAGCAAAUGGCAUGGAUUUACCGCAGUGGGUGGCAUCCAUAGUGAAGGAGGAGUGGACGAAUGAAGUCUUUGAUUUGGAGCUUAUGAGGGAUGCACCCACCAUAGGUGAUGAGUUGCUCAACACAUUGAAAUUAGCUCUGCAUUGCGUGGAUCCCUCACCAGCAGCUCGUCCUGAAGUUCAACAAGUUCUUCAGCAGUUAGAGGAAAUCAAGCCAGAUCUGGCUGCCAGUUCUGUUGAUGAUGAUGGAGCCAAAGUCCCACCACCAACCAGUGAAUAGAGUUUUGUUAUUAUUAGUAUCAUAAUUUUGGGACUGCAGGAAUAAAGAGUUAUUAUAAUCAACUGGGGGGGAUCUGUUUACAAGGUCUAUAGUAGAGAGUAGACAUUCUUUAAUUACUUCCUUUUUUUACAAUUCUUUAAUUACUAUUAUUUGUUAGCGCAUGUAUAUAAGUUACUGUGGUUCAUUUAGCGUAUUCUUUUUGUCAGGAACAAUAAUGUAUUCAUUCAAUUCAUGCUUUAUAAAAGAGCUAAAGAAAUUAAUCGCAGAUAUUAAAGAAA